ACCAUAAAAUAUAUUGUUAUUUUGACAUUUGACAGUUUUUAUUGUUUUGACGAUUUUGACAUUUGACAUUAUUAUGCAAUUUCUGAAAUUUGUAUGAUUAAAUAUACUUUCUUUCAGUACAAUAAAUUGAUAUAUGUGAAAGUUCUUUUGAAAUAAACUUUUUUUUUCCCCCUUUAAAACCGGUCUUUAAAAAAGUAAUGCUUCAAAAUGAUGCAACAAUAUAUGAAGGAACUUGAACAAGAGCCUUUUGAUCCUGAGGAAUUUGUUGAACGCUUAGCUUGGAGAACAGUUAAUGAUACAAUUAGCGAAAGUGGAAAAAGUGUUUUUGAUCCAUUAUUAAUUCAUGAAACAUUUUUGCAAGCUAUCAAGGAUAUGCAAAUUUUGCAAGAGAGACAACAAAAGAAAUGUGAAAAAUUGGAAAUUGCAUUAAAAGAAGAAGAAUCGAGACAUGCACUCGAAACAUUGGAUUUACAAGAGAGAAAUAAAAAUGCAAUGGAUCUUUUUCAUCAGCUAGAUGAAAGAAUUAAUCUUGUUGCAACAAAAGUUCUUCAUUUAGGCGAUCAACUUGAAAAUGUUAAUACUCCCCGUGCGAGAGCUGUUGAGGCUCAAAAAUUAAUGAAACAUUUCUCUGAAUUUCUCAGUCCUGGUCCUCUAACUGGACAUAUUUUUACUGAUAAAUCAUCUUUAGACGAGGCAGCUGAUGUGAUAUUAAAACUUCAUUUAAUAGCACAAGAAUUACCAGCGGAAAAAUUUGAGCAUGCAAAAAAGAAAAUAAGCACAAAAUAUCAUGAAAUUGAAAGAAAUUUAAUUGAAGAAUUUGUGAGAGCACAAAAUGGUGACGAUGCAAAUCGAAUGAAAAAACUUGCAUCAAUACUCUCACAUUUUAAAGGUUAUUCACAAUGUGUUGAUGCAUUUAUUGAACAAAGUCAAAUGAGUUCAUUUGGUAAGGAUGUAUUUCAAGAAGUCAUACCAAUGUGUACAAAAAAUUAUAAACUCAUGCAACAAGUAUUUACAAAUCAUGAGCAAGUAAUGGCAAAAUUUGUAUUAAAUAUUUAUCAUUUACGUUUACAAAAAUAUAUUGUUGCAAAAUUAGCCGAUCGUUCUGAUUCAGAAAAAUAUUUAACAAAUCUCUAUGAAUUAUAUUUAAAAACAGCGAAAUUAUCGGCGGAUUUAAAAAAAUUUAACAUGUGUAACGAUGAAGGUUAUUUAAUUAAAUUGACGAGGAAUAUUUUUCAUAAACACGUCGAUGGUUAUAUUACAGUGGAAACAAAAUCGCUGAGAGACAAAGCAGCAGCACAAUUAUCGGAAUAUUAUGAGGUGAAAAAUCAUCAAAAAAAAGUCUUACAAACUGGUGGUUUUCAAGAAUUAAGACGUGAUUUACAAGCUGUGCUUGGAACAAGAACAAAUAUAAAUAUUGCACAAAUUGAAGAUUAUGGCGGUGAAACAUUUCUCUCGGAAGAAUUGGCAAUUAAUUUAUUGCAACGAAGUAAAUUAGCAUUUCAACGUUGUUCACUUUUAUCACAACCACAAGAUUUGCCUGGUAAUGCAACACAAAUAUUGGAUAUUUUAUUAAAAUCACUUAUUGAUGAGCAUGUGGAUUAUGCACUUGAAUUAGGAUUACAAUGUGUUCCAAUACCUGAAAGUCGUACACAACCGGAAAUUCAUUUCUUUAAAAUUGUUCGCCGUUGUAAUGCAAUUAUUCGUCUAUUGGAGGAACAAUUUAAUGAUAGUUUAGUGCCUCUUGUUAUAUCAACGCCAAAGAAUGUGGAAUGUGUAACAAAGAAGAAGAAAAUUUUAGAACAAAUUGAAAUGAAAUUAGAUUUGGGCUUGGAUCGUUCAAUAAAUGCAAUUGUUGGAUGGGUGAAGGUUUAUUUACAAACGGAACAACGUAAAUUAGAUUUUAAACCAGAGACUGAUGUUGAUACAUUAAAUACACCGGCAUGUUUGAAUGUUGUUCAAUAUGUCACGGGAAUGAUAAGACAUAUUCACGAUAGUCUCGAUGGUAAGAGUCUUGAGAAUGUCUUGACUGAAUUGGGAAUACGAUUUCAUCGUGUUAUUUAUGAGCAUUUGCAACAAUUUCAAUUUAAUUCAGCUGGUGCAAUGUGUGCAAUUUGCGAUAUGAAUGAAUAUCGAAAAUGCGUUAAGGAACUUAAAAUUAGUACUGUUGUGAUAUUAUUUGAUACGCUACAUGCACUAUGUAAUCUUCUUCUUGUUAAACCGGAAAAUUUGAUGCAAGUUUGCUCAGGAGAUCAAUUGGCAAUGUUGGAUAGAUCUGUAUUGGUUUCGUUUAUUCAAUUGAGGACUGAUUAUAAGACGCAAAAAUUGGCAAAUUCACUUAAAGGACUUGCCACGUAGUUGUUUAUAUAUUUUUCAGAAGUUUUUAUUUAAAAAGGUAAUUUUUUUUUCGUAAUUCUAUUUUUCCAAAUUGUUUAGAAUAAUUGAAUUCAAUUGAUAGAUUAACAACUUGUUAAAUAUUUUACAAUUUAAUUUUUAUCUUUUCGAAUCAAUUAUUUGUCUAGCGUUUUUUUUUUCGAAGAAACGAAAUAAGAUUUUUCAAUUAAAUAAAUUUAAUAAGAAAAAAAAAUUGAAGUUGUUAAUUAGUCAUUUGUAAUUUAGAUAUUCGCUGAAACUUGAGAAAAAUAAAUUUUAGGAAAUAAUAAACACCGCAUAGUGAUGAUAAAAAAAAAAACCGAAGUUAAUAAAUUAUAAAUAAAGAAUUAUUUAACUUA